AUGGACAAAAUUCAACACAAAACAAUCCAUGUAAACGGAAUAAAUAUGCACGUUGCAGAAAUUGGUCAAGGCCCUGCAAUCCUAUUCCUCCACGGUUUCCCGGAGCUCUGGUAUUCAUGGCGCCAUCAAAUGCUCUCCCUUUCUUCCAGAGGCUACCGCACCAUCGCCCCUGAUCUUCGCGGCUACGGUGACACUGACGCGCCGCAGUCCGCCGCCAGCUACACCGCUUUUCACAUAGUGGGUGAUUUAUUGGGUCUGUUGGAUGUUAUGGGUCUGGACCGGAUCUUCCUGGUGGGCCACGACUGGGGGGCCGUUAUUGCCUGGUACUUCUGCCUUUUCCGGCCGGACCGGAUUAAGGCUUUAGUCAAUUUGAGCGUUGUAUUCCACCCUAGAAAUCCGAGGAGAAAACCUGUUGAAUCCAUGCGUGCUAUUUUUGGGGAUGAUUAUUAUAUUUGCAGAUUUCAGGAACCUGGGGAAGUGGAAGAGGAGUUUGCUCGUGUUGACACUGCAAGAUUGAUCAAGAAAUUUUUAACGGCUCGAAAUCCAGCUCCACUUUGUGUCCCUAAAAGUAGAGGAUUUGGGGGCUCACCUCAUUCUUCAAUUACGUUGCCAUCUUGGUUAUCAGAAGAUGAUGUCAAUUAUUAUGCUAGCAAAUUUUACCAAACAGGCUUCACGGGUGGAUUAAACUACUAUCGAGCUAUGGACCUGAAUUGGGAGCUCACAGCAUCGUGGACUGGGGUGCAAAUAAAGGUUCCAGUUAAGUUUGUCGUGGGAGAUCUCGACCUUACGUAUAAUAACCCAGGUGUAAAGGAAUAUAUACAUGGUGGUGGCUUCAAGCGACAGGUGCCAUUUUUGCAGGAAGUAGUAGUCAUGGAAGGAGUGGCUCACUUUCUUAACCAAGAAAAACCAGAUGAAAUUAGUGCACACAUUUACGACUUCAUCCAGAAGUUUUGA